AUACGAUACAAAUAGAAUUAUUGCAGUUGCAGAAGGGCCGCACGGCCCAGCGAGCGGUACGCCGCCCCCACACGAAAGGCAUCUGCAUCCCCCGCCCCCUCCAUGUUUACCGCCGCCGGCAAUGCCGCCCCCUGGCCUCAUGUUGUCGGAGUUGCCAGAGCCGCCGAUCCCACUGUCGGAAAUUGGCCCAAUCCCACCCCCACCUAUGUUCAGCUCACCCAGUCCAACCCCACACAGACAGACACCCUUGCCACCAGAAAUGCUCAAUUACGACUACGAGGAUGAAGAUGACGAAGACGAUGACGGCGAAUCGAUCGACGUGGAUGAUGAUGACGUGGACGACCAGGAUCGAUAUGGUUUUCGAUUGUCACAACCAGAUCCAUCGGUCGACACGUCGCGAAUCGAAGAAAUCCCGGCGAAAGAACCGAAAUUCAAUGCAAUGCCUCUGAAGUCGGCGCUCAAGAAGAAGGGAAGUACCGGAAGCGGACCAGGAACUCCUCAAAACACACCCACGCAAGAAAAUCGACCGUUGGGCGUACGACAAGCCCAAAGCGACCACAAUUCCAGUAUUAACUUCAGGAGGCCUCCUUUAAGGCCCCGGAUUAGAAUAUGCACCAAACCUGUCAAGUUUGGUCUGGGACUCCCAUGCACGUUAGAGAACAAGGAAAACACUCGACCAUACGUGAUAAGGGAAGACCCAGACAGCGACUCCAACGAUGGUCCGGUCCUUUACAGGGACGAUGACAGCGGUAUUUCUGAAGAGAACAGGCUUGCGCUAAAGAUCGCUCGGAAGGAGAGUCUGUCACUCAAAUUGUCCUUGCGACCUGAUAGGGAAGAUCUCAUCAACCGGAACAUACUCAAGCUGCAGAGUGAUGCAGAACGACAGGAAAGCAAGGAAGCAAUUGGGGCCAGACUAAUAAGGAGGCUUAGCAUGCGUCCUACUCAAGAAGAACUCGAGGAGAGGAAUAUAUUGAAAAGACAAACUCCUGCUGAAGAAAAGAAGUCAAAAGAAGAGAAGAAGCGUUUCCUGUUGCGAAAGUUGAGUUUUCGACCGACAGUGGAGGAAUUGAAAGAAAAAAAGAUAAUCCGAUUCAACGAUUACAUCGAAGUAACGCAGGCUCACGAUUACGAUCGGCGGGCGGAUAAACCUUGGACGCGGCUGACGCCAAAGGACAAGGCCGCCAUAAGAAAAGAACUGAACGAGUUCAAAAGCUCGGAAAUGGCUGUGCACGAAGAAAGUCGACAUUUAACAAGAUUCCAUAGGCCUUGACAGUUGCAAAUAAUUUUAGAAAAAUCACUGAAGAAAAAAGCUAAAUACUGUGAUGGGCAUAAUCGUUUUUGUUUCUUUUUUCAAUGUGUUACAAUAAUAAGAUUGCGAUAAUUACUGUACACAAAAAUUAGUUAUACGCUAAGAUUUAUACACAAAAUACGUAUUACUAUCUAAAACUAAUAAAUAACGAUGAAAACAAGCAAAGAAAUGCAACUGAUAUCGCAACCACUACUACAAUUAACAUUAAUUAAACGAUAAUAAUAAUUAUUAUUAAUGAUAUACAAAAAUUAUGUAUAUAUGCAGGCUUCGUCCAAUUCGUUUAACGUUCAUUUUUCAAAUGUGUACAUAUGUGAUGAUUUUUUUAAUUAUUAAUUAUUAUUAUUGCAAUUAUUUUUUAUUACACGUAUACAUACUUAUAAAUAUAUUUACAGAGUAUAGUGUGCAUGUAUUGUAAUAUUGAUUGAUUUUAUAAAAUACAGGAUGAUUCGUUUUCGGAUAGCUGCUACGUAGUGUUCUGGUAGAAACAAACAAAAUAAAACCAAAAGAAAACGCAACAUAGUAUAAUCAGGAUCUCCAUGCUUUGUGUUGCAAACGUGUAUCACCCUGUAUAUUGUAAAAAUCAUUUUGCUAGUAAUAAUGCAUUAUCAAGUGAAAAUGAAAUUAUGAGAAAAAA